GUGGAUAUGUGAUGAUUUCAGCCUUCAUUCUUAAAGAAAAGGCUGUUAAAGGAAUGAACCAUAAAGCUUAGUGAACAAUUGACAAUUGGUUUUAAGAAGUUAUGAAGAUCUGGGGAGGUAGCAGAAAACUGGACAAAAGGAAAUGUCGUAUGAGAUGUCCAAAGAGGCUUUGCAUGGACCAAACUGAACAUUUUCCCAAAUGGAGCAGGUGGGAGCACCAGGGGCCAAGGAUCAGCAGGACUCGCUGGAAGAAGAAAGCUCAGAAAUCCCCUCCUUUGUUUGUCCUGGAUGGAUGUCCCCCAAGACCCACCUCUUUCCAAAACAGGGAUCUGCUAGCACACCACCAGGGAGAGGCGAGGGUGUUUUCUGACUCUUUCUGCAUAAUUUCUAUAGUUGUCAAAGCACAGGGCUGCCCAGGUCAGGAGAGAAGUGUGUAUGAGAAGAGCUACAAGGAGAAGAUCCACCUGAAGCGUCAUAAGACCCUCCACUUCUGGAGGAAGCUGUUCAAGAGCAGGAGGUGCUUCCUGCAGACAUGGGAGCUGACGAUGCACCAGAGGACCCACACAGCUCCUGGGUUCCCCACAGACCCCAUUGUGCCAGGCGCUGUGCAGACGCAGCACAAAAAGACGCGCAGAGCUGAUGAGCAACAGCUCGUGGAAUUAGUUUCUUCUAAGCACUGCAUCCCUCACUCGAGAAUUGUGAAACCUGAACUGCAAGGCUGUUCCUGUGUUUCUUACUACCAGGUUAUCAAGGAAGAGUGCUCAGGUGAGCUGGACUUCCAGGUGAAAGGAGGAAAGGAGGAGUUGCAUAUGGAAGAAUCUUGGCAAAGAGGAGUAGAGACCCUGAUAACACAGAUCCAGGGUAGCACUAAGCAUGGGACUUAUUCCCAUAUUGCAGGCCAGUGUAUCAAACGUGCAUUAAGUGUGAUUGCUGGACUAAAGGGAGCUGCGUGGCAACACUGGAGAAGCGAUUGA